GCCAUCCCCCCGGGACCACGGUCCCACCAGUCCCCGCAGCACCGUGCGGGGGCGGCUCGGCGGGAGGCCGGGAGAUGGCGGGGAGAGGCCCCUGUGCCCGGGGAAAGGUCCCCGAGCAUCACCCGGGGCUGGUGACCCCCGAGAUGUGCCCUGGGGCAUCUGAGCCAGCACCGGACUUGGGGCAGCCGGGGGAACCCGUCUGGGUGCGGCAAGGGGGUCAUGGGCACUGCAGGAAGGUCUUGGACAUGGCAGGGGUGGCCCUGUGGGGCCCUGGUGUGGGGGUCAGUGUAGUGGGUGGGAUAAGGGGAGCAGAGCCGCCUGGAAUGCAGGGCCUGGGCUGAGAACCCCCAACUUGUGUCAUGGGUGAGCACAUCCAAUGCUCCAACUGAUAUUUUGAGGCUUGAGUGCCAGCACGGGUGGCACUGAUGGCACUGCCACAGGUGCUCUCAGGACAGCCUUCUCUCUCCUGUGCAGGUGAGCUGGACAGUGCCAAGGGCAGGCAGGACAGGGACAGGCAGGGUCUGUGUCCCCCACUCUCCCCAGCCCCCCUUCUCCCCUCUCAGCCCCGGCAGGGGCCCCAUAAGGCACCGUCACAUGGUGCUGCUCUGAGCCCCUGCUCUGCCUGGCACUGUGGCCAUGACUCAGGGCAGAGGCACCAGCCUUGACUCGGUGUCCCAGUAGGGACCAAACCCAAACAGGUGCCCGGCCCCGCUCAGGCUGCAGCACCUUAUCAGGCCUUGGCAGUGCCGCGCGCCCGCUGGGGAGGCUGUUGUGUCUGCGGACAGAGGCAGCACCAGCGUCACCCCCUCUGCCCAGGCACUGCUCCUCCAGGUCCCUGUCCCAGCACCAUCCUGUGAGAUGGAGCGGGGCUGGGCUGGUGCCCCCCACAGCCGUGCUGCCCCCACCCCAACCAAAGCCCUGUGGCCACAGAGGGGGCUCGGUGCUGGUGUUUGGUGCUUGGUGUGUCCCAGCUCCCUGCCUGUGACGGGACAGCCCUGUGCCCCCAGCCCCGGUGCUCAGCACCCGCCGGAUGCGGUCCGUGGGGUGUGGGUCCCGGGGCGGGCGAGGGGCGUGUCAGGGGCCGCCGUGAUAACUGCGGGCGCCGUGCCGGGGCCGCGGGCACUGACGGAGCAGGGAGCGGGAUGAGCCAAGGACCCCCAUCCUGGGCAGCAGCCAGGCCCGGAGGCAGCGCCAUGGGGUCCGGCGGUGCCCGAGGCCUCCUCCGCACCCUCUGCAUCCUCCUGGUGCUGGCCUGGCACCUGUGCCCUGCCACGGCCCAGUGGUUUUACCUGGGCUCGGAGGACACCACCCUGGAUCCCGGCACCAGCCUCACUGCCCCCACCCUGGAUGGGGAGGAAGAUGCAGAGACCAGCAUGGAGCCCACGGGGAAGGUGCUGCUGAGCAAACCCCCUCUGGCGAAGGGCCCUAGACGCCGGGACCACCUUGCCAGGGGAGCAGCAAAAGGGCCAGGCCAUGCCCCACCACGAACACGAGGCCAGCAGCACCGACCCACGGCCACCCCAGAGAUCUUCGAGGGGAGCGCGGUGGAAGAGGAGUUCCUGCAGAUCCAGACGACAACGAAGGCGCUGCCCCGGGAGGUGCCCCCAGCCCCGGAGAUGGACCCUGCCCUCCAGGUUCACAAUGGCUCUGGCUGUGUCUGUCCUGUGCGCCCCGGUCCUCCCGGCCCUGCCGGCCCUCCCGGCCCAAAGGGACAGAAAGGUGACCGAGGGUUCCCCGGAGAGAGAGGCCAGCCCGGAAUCUCAGGGGACAGAGGGAAGUCUGGCAGCCCAGGACAGCCAGGUCACCAGGGUCCCCGGGGUCCCCCGGGUCCUCCGGGGCCCCCGGGGCCCCCGGGACCCCCAGGCACCUGGGGAUCCAGGAGCCCACCCGCGCCUGCCGCCCUCCCCGAGGGAUUGGAGAACGAGCUGGGACCCUCCAGCCCUGUGGGAAACCCGGGACCCCCCGGCCCCCCCGGGCUGCCCGGCAUGCCCGGACCCCCAGGCUACCCAGGCCAUGAUGGCCCCCCGGGGGUCCCUGGGCGGGAGGGAAAGCCAGGACCCCCCGGCCCUCCAGGGGCUGUGGGACCACCCGGUUUCCCCGGGGCUGAAGGAACUCCAGGGUCUCCAGGCUCGGCUGGGCCAGACGGACCCCCGGGGGCACCAGGGCUCCCAGGGCCUCAGGGUCCCCCCGGGGUGCCAGGGCACGAAGGACCCCCCGGUCCUACAGGACCUGCGUCACUCCCUGGCAAACCAGGGCUCAGAGGGGAGCCAGGAUUCCCAGGACUAAAGGGUGAGAAGGGUGAAUAUGGACUUCCAGGCAUGCCAGGAAGCCCUGGCCGGACUGGAGAUACAGGGCCCCCGGGCAUGCCCGGUCCCAUGGGGCCUCCAGGACCACCGGGGGACUACAGGUGUGACUUGCGCCAUGGAGGACACCGUGGAUUGGCCGGGAUGCCAGGCCCCAAGGGAGAAAAGGGCGACCCCGGAGAGCCGGGGUGCUGCUACAGGGAACAGGGGUGCAAACCGGGCCACCUCCCCUUCCCCAGCACCGGCAGCCAGCCCAGCUCCUGGGGGUCCAUCAGAGGGUACCAGACGGACAGCAAAGAGGAACCAGAGAUUUAUGGAGCGAUCAUCCCCCAUGGUGUUCGAGGUCCCCCCGGCCCCCCUGGGCCCCCAGGCCCCCCUGGCCCACCAGGUCUCCUCUACCUCAACAGGGUGUACCCGGUCCGUGCCCAGCCCCCCUGCAAGCAGCCGGCGGCCCCAGAUCCAGGUUGGGCAGCAGAUGCCGACACCCGUCAGACGGAGCCGUCGGACUGCCGCACUGAUCCCCGGCGCCAGACGUGGGUCUUCAGGUCCAAGGAGCUGAUGGUGAAGGCGAGCGGUGCUGUGCCCGAGGGGAGCCUGGUCUACGUGCAGGAGGGGAGCAGCGCCUUCCUCCGGACCCCCGCCGGCUGGAGCCGCCUCCUGCUGGAGGAUUCGCGGUCGGUCUUGGCUGGUGACGACCCUUCUGCCUCCACCCCACGGUACCAGGAGGCAAAGCGGGUGCAGACAAGAGGUCCCGACACAGUGUCACCUGUGCAGUCCCCAAUGGACUCGCUGGUCCAGAAGGAGGAGGGACAAGGGCUGCCCCAAAUCCCACCAACCACCAUCGCCCCACGGAUCCCAUCCCUCCGCCUGGCCGCCCUCAACGUGCCCCUCUCGGGCGACAUGAGCGGGAUCCGGGGUGCCGACCUGCAGUGCUACCGGCAGUCCCAGGAGGCCGGGCUGUACGGCACCUUCCGGGCCUUCCUGUCGGCCCCCACCCAGGAUCUGGUGUCCAUCGUCAAGAGGACAGACAGGACCCUCCCCAUCGUCAACCUGAAGGGGCAGCUGCUGGCCAAGUCCUGGAGCUCCCUCUUCGAGGGUCAGCCUGGUGCCACCCCACGGGGUCCCAUCUACUCCUUCAACGGGCGCAACAUCCUGACGGAUCCUCUCUGGCCCCACCGGCUGGCCUGGCACGGCUCCACGGCGCGGGGGGGCCAUGCCCGGCGCCGGGACUGCCAGGGCUGGCGUGGCUCCGGCGCGGCCGAGGGCAUGGCCACCCCCCUGGGCCAGGGCCGGCUGUUGGCCGGGCACCGGCACAACUGCUCCACACCUCUGGCCGUGCUCUGCGUCGAGGUGGCCUUUCCCUACCGGCACAUGUGGUGACAGCGGGGACACCGGGCCACGCAGCCCAGGCAGCCCUGUGGGCCUGGGAGCGCUGUGGGCAGCGUUGGGGCUGUGCAGGAGCAACGAGGGGAUGCCAGCCCCACAGCCGGGCUGUGCCAUCCCUGUCUGUGCCAUCCCACGGACCCCCGUGCCAUGGGGCAAUGCCAGGCUGUGCCCACAGCCUCCCUGCACCCGCAGUGGUGCCAACACUGUCACCACCCCAAAAUAAAGAC